AUGGACUCAUUAAAAUAAGCUUAAAAACUAGAAGAAAAUCAAGAAACAACUAAUAAUGGUAUUUAUUCAUAAAACAUAAGACCUAGGUAUCAAAAUCAAAUAACUAGAUUAAGAUGAGCUAGCAAACUCUUUAUUAUAUAAAUGUAUGUGAAAAAUGUCUAUCUAUCAUCUUAGAAUUUUCAUUUAUUUUGAACCAUCUUCUUAGAGUAAUGACUAAAAAUGAAUAAAGUUAUCGAUACAAAAUGCAUUUAGGAUUGUGCAAAAUGAUGGAGUUUAAUGAAUUAGAAUUAGUAUAUUGGCAUUUAUUGAAUUUGUAAUUUGACUAUGGUAAAAAAUUACAGCCAAACUAUUCAUAAGAGAUAAAGUAUUGAUAUAAUUUUGAAAUAGAACUUGUGCAUUCAACUAUUUUAAAGAUUUUCUUAAAAUAUAGGCAGAAUUUAUACCUGAUAUUUCAUUAUAUAAGAGAGAGUUACUAUUUGUAACAUUAUCAGCAUUUUACACUAUAAAAUUAAUGAGAAAUAAUUAAAAGUUUGAUAAGAUAGGAGAGUUUAUAAAAGAAGAAAAAUUUUGUGAGUUAUUUAAAAGAAUUGAACCUGCUUUCACAAAUGUUUCACAAUAAUUAACAUUAUACAUAGUCAAUCAAAAAUAUAUGGAAAUGACAAAGUUGGAAGAACCAUUGGAAGAAUAAUAAACAAAUUAUAAUUUUAUAGUGGAAUAGAUCUUAGAAAUGGCGCCUGCUUAUUAGAAAGAUGAAGAAUUACCAGUAACUAAGAAAGUAAAGAGAUAAAAAAAGUUAAUGGUAAGAAGAACAGAAACUAUACAGAAAUAAGAAUUAGAAUAACAAUAAAAAAUAGAGUAAUAAUCAUAACAAAUACAAUAAUUAUCUCAAUAAUCGUAAUAUUAAGGUCAAUAAUAAUAAAUUGAUUAAUAAUAUUUAAAUUAGCCAAUAGGAUCAUCAAUACAAUUUUCAAGAUACAAUUAAAAAGAAAAUUAGUCAUACAAUCAAAUGAAUUAAUCUUAAAUUCAACAAGAUUAAUUUAUUAUAAAUGAAAGAUCUUCUUUUUAGCAAUAUGAUAGAUAAAAUUCUUUUGCAAUGCAAUUGAGAUCAAGAUACUUCAAUAACUUCAGUUAAGAAAGUCUUUAAGCAUAUUCUAAUUAAUAUUAUCCAACACCUUAAUAAGAACAAUAUACAUCAAGAAAUCAAAAAUCAAUAUAAUGGAUGAGUAAGAAUGGAAAAUGA